GAGGUGAUGUACUAUUUUUUUCGCAAAAUAGAAUAAGUAAAAUCUAUUUCUUGCAAUAUAUAUGGUUAAGUAUAGAAUCUUUAAAUAGCCUUAAGAGGAUUUGAGUUUGAGAUUUGUAAGCAUUGUAUCAAAAUCAGACCCUUGAAUUAUCUUAUACGGUGGCUGGUAAAUUCGCACCAGAUAUACAUUGUUGCAGUUCCCAUGUUAUCUAGUGCUUGUUAUGCGGUUUCAUUGUCAUGGUAUUGGAAGUAUGUCUACACUCUAUCAUCGAUAGCGAAACGUACACUCUUCUCCCAAAGGCAAAGAGAAAAAGCCAAAACACAUACGUGGGAGACAGAUUGAAAGUUCCAAUUCCAUACACGGCCCUCUUGCAGAAGCCUCUCCAUCUCUAGCAUUUUGCCACCUCUUUUGUUUCUGUUUUUGUUUUGUUUUGUUUAAUCCUUUCAGUCCAACUGUUAUUGCUGUGCUGUCCAUUCUUCCUUUUCUUGCUUUGCAGCCGUAACAGUUACUUGAUAUAUUUUUCUACUAUUUUUCAAAUCCUGUAGCCUUGGUUUUUUGUUGGCUCAUAUAACGAGGCCAAGGUGACUUCCUUUUCGGUUGAUGUCCUCCCCCUCCCUUCUUUUAGCCUCAUUUAACUCAUCUUUUUACCAUCCACGUUCCAUCCUUUCUUACAGAGAGAGAUACAGAGAUAUAUACAAGGUUGCAAUGUGCGCAAGCCAUCUUUUUUGCAUUAAGCAGGUGGCAUUCAGUCACUGAACCUCUCUUUGACACUUUUCAGCAACUCAGAUUCACUUCUUUUCUACACUGCCAACUAUUCAAAUUCUCACCUUCCUUCUCACUCUGUAGUCUCUACUUUACGGUUAUCCCCUCUAAAGGCUUUUCUCACUCACUUUCUCUGGGUUAAAAUGGCCUGCUUUCAAAAUUCUGUAUGUUGCCACAGAAACAGACAACUGGGCAUCUCUUUGCUCUUCGUCUUUGUUUCAAGCUUGGUCCAAGUCAGCUUCAUGGCUGAAGGUAGAGCAAUACCCAAGGAAACGGAGACUUCACCCUUGCAGAAACGAAUGGAAGAGGAUAAAUUGUUGAUCACUAGGAGUAUGAUAGGCUCAAGCCCCCCAAAAUGUGAGAGAAGGUGCAGCUCCUGUAAGCACUGUGAGGCAAUUCAGGUCCCAGUGACAACCCAACUACAAGCCCACGGAGGCCAUUUCUCUGCAGUUUCAUACUACAGCGGUCGUGAUAUCUCCAACUACAAGCCUAUGAGCUGGAAGUGCAAGUGCGGCAACUUGAUUUUCAAUCCUUAAUGGAGCUGUGUGGAUCUCUGACUUUAAUUGUAUAGGUCAUUUUUCCUUAUGUAUGAGUUAGCUUCGAUUUUCCCUGUAGUGUCUUGCAUUCUGCAGAAUUCUUCUUUUCUACUACUUGCUAACCUUUUUCUUUCCUUUGACAUCACUCAUUAAUGCAAUGACAAGUCCAGUGGCAGUUUCUUCUA